AUGAGUAAAAACCACUGUACUGCCUUAGCAAUACAUAAUUCUUAUUUAAACGACGAAGUUAUUAAUGCAUUUUUAGUCAUCGUAAAAUUACAAACAUCAUAUUUUAUUCCACAAAACGUAUUAUUUUAUCAAACACCACUUAUGUAUUCGGCCGUUGAGAACGUGGAUGAUUUUCAAAUUUUAUAUGAUGGUUCUAUUGGAAAUUAUGUUAUUGGGCAUUGGCUAUGUGUGUAUUAUCGUAAUGAAACUAAGUGCCCAGAAGUGUACGAUAGGCCAUACCAUACGCUUAAUGAUAAUUUAUUUGAGAUUUUGGAUAUUUUAUAUCCUUCAAAAUCCAAUGUUGUGUUUAAGUCUGUUAUAAAACAGCCAGAUGGGUAUUCAUGUGGAGUUUUUGCAAUUGCAUUUGCUACAUCACUAAUAUUUGGACGUAAUCCAUCGGAUGAAUGUUAUAUUAUCGAUUACAACAAUAUGAUAUGUAAAACCUGGACGUUACGUAAGAAGAUGGGCUAA